CCACCCGCAGUUAUGUCGGUAUUACUGUUGGCAAUUGGUUGAUCAGCAGCAUGACAUUUGAUGGGAGAACAGGAACACUACUAGCUAGCAGCAAUCAAACAAGCUAGGCUAACUAGACGUCUUACGGUCAUAACAUUUAGCUACAUCUGUGGGGAAUCUCUUCAAAUUAGUUGUUGUUUUAUCACGCGGUAAUAGCUAUGACAUAUUAAUCUUGAUGAUGACCUUACCAUUUUUGUAAACACCUGUCCAACAAGAGUGCUGCUAGUCUGAUGAAGGGGCAUCUCUGGGAGGCAGGAUGCAACAGAAGAGGAACAUACAGAUCAUCGAAUGGGAGGACCUUGACAAGAGGAAGUUCUACUCUUUUGGGGUGUUCAUGACCAUGUCCAUAAGGGCCACGGUAUACCCCGCCACCCUAAUACGCACCCGGCUACAAGUGCAAAAGGGCAAGUCACUUUACAAUGGGACCUUUGAUGCCUUUUUUAAGAUCUUGCGCUCGGAGGGAGUGCGGGGCCUCUACCGAGGAUUCAUGGUCAAUACCUUCACGCUAAUAUCAGGCCAGGCAUACAUCACAACCUAUGAGUUGGUCAGGAAGUAUGUUUCCAACUAUUCUAAUGACAAUACCAUAAAGUCACUGGUGGCUGGCGGCUCAGCUUCCCUGGUCGCCCAGAGCAUCACUGUCCCAAUUGAUGUGGUUUCUCAGCAGCUUAUGAUGCAGGGACAAGGUGAGCACCUGACUCGCUUCCGGAUCAAGCCCAGAGUGGAAGGUGGAAAGGCCAAAAUUACGUUUGGCCAAACCAGGGACAUAAUUGCGCAGAUUUUUGCUGCCGAUGGCUUUCGCGGUUUUUACAGGGGAUAUGUGGCCUCUCUGCUGACUUACAUCCCUAAUAGUGCCGUCUGGUGGCCUUUUUAUCACUUGUAUGCAGAACAGCUUUCCAAAAUGGCACCCAGUGACUGCCCUCAUCUGAUUCUGCAAGCCAUGGCUGGACCACUUGCUGCUGCAACUGCAUCAACUGUCACCAACCCUAUGGAUGUGGUUAGAGCUAGAGUACAGGUUGAAGGCAGGACCUCCGUCAUUGAGACGCUGAAGCAGCUGAUAGUUGAGGAGGGAUUCUGGGGGAUGACCAAAGGCCUGUCGGCUCGCAUCAUAUCCUCCACUCCCACAGCAAUCGUCAUGGUGGUCGGAUAUGAGACCCUAAAGAAACUGAGUUUGCGACCAGAACUGGUGGACUCUAGACACUGGUAGAAGGCACUUUGUUGAUGUCAGCACAGUUCCAUUUUGGCCCCAGGGGUUUGCAUCCAGAGGUGGUCUCACAUACAUAAAAGGAUUGGACGGGAGAAACUAAAAUAGCUGCAGAUUGAAGGUUUAGGGGCCAAAAUGGAAAUGAGCCAGAAUCUCCCUGCUCUGUUCCUUCAUUAUGGCUUCCUUGUCUUUUAAUUAAGUAAAUUAAUUUUUGCCUUUUUUGAAUGGUUGCCUUUUUAGUAAAUUGUGGAGAGUUGUAUUACUGUGGGGUAAUAACUCUGCCAUUUUGGAUUAUAAUCUGUAUGUGACUCCAUAGUGGCUCAUCUACUUUAAGGAUACCCCAAAUGUGAAA